AUGGACGUGGCCGGCUGUCCCAGCGCUGCAAUAUGCAAGUCCUGCGGAGAAGCGUUCAACAUCCCUGAGGAUAAAGUUGAUGGAAACCUUCCCCGUCUGCUUUUUUGUGGCCACUUCUUCUGCACAUUUUGCCUCGUGUCCUUUCAGUCUGAUGGUGUCAUUAGAUGUCCUGAUUGUGAGGUUGAGUCCACUGUUCCUGAUGGUGGAGUUUGUGGUCUUCAGGAAGAAACCAGAAUCAUAGGCCUCAUCUAUACUACCAAAACCAACAAGACUAAAGGCCUCCACUUUGACAAAUCAAAGUAUAGCAGAAAGAAUGAAUUAUCUUCAUGUGGAGACCCUAACAUGAUGGAUACAGAAACAGAACAGCCAGCAGAUGAGAAGAUUAAGAAGGUAGUGGAUGAGGCUUUGGACCAGUCUACAGGGAAUCUUGCCCAACUGGAACUCAUCCAUGAGACUCUGAAGGCUGGUCUAGCAGAACAAGUGAAGAAAGAGAGAACUCGGCUGGAGCUGGAGAUCAAUCAGGCAACAGACAGAGCUUCACAGGCGAUUCUAAAGUGGAAAGACAUGCAGUUGGACCAGCUGACUAAACUGGAAGAACAGUUUUCCAGAAGUGAAGCAGUAGUGUCCCAGGUCCAGGAAAGGAUUAAGACCUUAGAGAUUGCCAUGCGGAUGGCCAGAGAAGUGCGUCGUGUCCCUUUUCUAGGACGAUUCUGCAUCCUGGAUAAGGUACUAGAGGAGCUGCAGGCUCCUGUUGAUAAUGAUUCCUUUGAUGUGAAAAGCAUCACUAUGGACUCUGAAAUGAGUUGUGUUUUCAGGUCUGAAAGUGUGAGCCGUAGUUUGACAUUGUCUCUGAAGAUGGAGCCCCCAACUCCAAAGCGAUUGACUGGCUCCUCAGCCAAAGACUACCAGCUAGAAGGCUCCACUAGAAACUGUCACUGGACAAACGCAGAGGGAAGAGGGAGCAGCUCUACCCAGUGGGUGGCAGUUACCCACAUUGUGAAUCCAAGUCACUUCUACGUUCGCUAUGUGGCUGAGAGAAGGGAGAGAGAGACCCUUUCCAAGAAGAUAAAUCAACUGUGCCUUGGAGAUGGAUGUUUGUUCGUAAAGGGAGACACAGUAAAAGAUGGCUACCUGAUAUUUGCGAAGUGGAAGGGGGAAAUGUGGUGCCGCACCAGAGUGAUAAAGAUCUUUCAACAAGGUUGUGAGGAGCCGGUGAAAGACUGCCCAGUCACCGCGCUGGCCAGUUUGCGAGUUUUCUUCCCAGACUUUGGAUACACCAAAACCAUCACGAUAAAGAGUGAGGCUUCGACCGCUGAGUCCACACUAAAGGCUGUGAACAAGCACCUGAGAAAAGCAGAUAAGGCUGUGACUGCGAAGCUCGGGUCCGUUGCCCCUCAGGCCAUCAGAUGUGCAUUGAAGGACCUGGUGCCAUACGACCCGUCAAAGGGCUGGAGUAAAGAGGCGGAGGUUGAAUUCCACAAGGUGGUUGACGCUGCAGCGUUGGAGAUGAGGCCUUUGGGUCAAGACAAAGAUUCAUUGUUUGUGGAUCUGAGAAAAGCCCCAAUGGACCAAUCCACUGAUGUGGCCAUCUCUAUCAGAGAGUUUCUUGUUUUCAUGGAACUGGCCAGAUUUUAUUCUCCAGUGACACCAACCAUGAGGCCUCUAAUGUACUACCCUCCCAUUUAUCCCAAGAAUAAUGCAGAGGUCAAUGCUGUGGUCAGCCACAUCAACAGUCCUUCUGACUUCUACAUUCAGCUGGUUGACAACAUGGAGUCCUUGUUACUCUCAGCUAAGCUCCAGGAUUGUUACAAUGCGCCAACAUCAUCUAGAGAGGAUGAACUCACCGUCUACUGCCCGGUGUUGGGACAAGCCUGCAUUGCUCUCUUUGAAGACGUAUGGUACAGAGCUAAGGUCAUAGCACAUCCAGGUGGAACAAAAGUGGAAGUGCAGUAUGUCGACUUUGGCAACAACAAAAUCGUGUCCGUCAGCGACUUGAGGAAGAUCAAAGAUGAGUUCUUUGCUCUUCCUGCCAAGGCAAUUCAUUGCUGUUUAGUUGAUGUGCUUCCUGCAAGUGGAGACACCUGGAGUGAAACGUGUACCAACAAAUUUAUCAGCCUUGCCCACCACCAACUAGUCACUAUUGUGGCUACAGGAAUUGCCUCUAACACUGAACCUCUGCCUAUCAAAGUGUUGAAGAGAGGCUCAAACGAGUCAGAAGAAAACAUAGCUGAGCUGCUAGUCAAAGAGGACCUGGGCUGUUUCAAAGCUGGCCUGGAACACAAGAAUCCCAAGCCCUCUGGUGAGGAUUCGGCAAUCUGGGACUCCCCACUUGAGCUUGCUUUAGCAUCAGAGGGGGUCGACGCCCAAGACCAAAUAGGUUCUGGAGACCAGAAUGAUGAAUCACGGGAGUUGCGACUUCAGCUCAAAGACCUGAAUGUCAGGGUCAGCCAUGUCAGCUCACCAAGCAGCUUCUACGUUCAAUUCCCCCAGUAUGAUGCUCAAUUUAAAAGGAUGUGUGAACGGGUGAAGCAGGAGUGUGCACUGAUGGAGCCCCAGGACGUGGUGUGGAAGGCAGACAUGUACUGUGCUGCACACAUUAACGGAGUCUGGGAAAGAGGACGGAUCUGCUCUGAUGUCACAUCAAGUAACUUGGCAGAAGUUAGACGCUGCGACCAUGGCGACAAAGCUAAGCUCCAUGUCAGCGACCUGCGACCGCUGCCAGCGUCUUUGAUUGGCUCCCUGGCACUCGAGUGCACUCUCAGUGACAUCAGGCCAACAGGAGGCCGAUCAACCUGGACGGAUACGGCCUGUGAUUUCAUCUCCUUCUACCUGACUAGAGCCUCGGCUGUAAUCACCAUCAAGGAGUUGACAGAUCCGAUCCCAGUACCUGUCACUCUGUUUUUCGCCAUCAAAAAGGGACAGUUUAUCAACAUAGCAGACCUUCUGGUCAAAGAAGGCCUCGCCCUCAGAGAGAGAAGACCAAAAGAUGCUGGCGUUCAGGAACCAGAAAACAGUGAUUUACAGACUCCAGCCAGAAAGACCAAAACUAACAGCAAGAAGGAGAAAACAACUUGUCCAGCUGUUUCUCUUGGUCCCUUCUGCUCCUCAGCUUCCCUCGUCUCCUCUUCACGCCUUCCAAUACCAAGACCACGCUCUAUUAUCACUCCUGAAAAGGUGUUCACUCAACUGUACCAGCCACCAGAGCUGCCGUGUCUCGGUCCCAUCCAUGUAAAUGUGUCUACUGUUGGAGAAGAUGGUCUCAUUUACAUCAGAGCGCAGGAUGCAGAGGAUCAACUGGAGCAGCUGAAGGAAUUGAUCCAGCAGAACAUGAAGACGUUACCCAGACAGAAGCCCUUCACCUGGAAAUCAGUGCAGGGAUGUGCCGUCAUCGGACCGGACAUGCUGUGGUACCGAGGGCAGCUGCUGGAAGUGCUGGGUGGACAUGUGAAGGUCCAGUAUGUGGAUUACGGGCUGGUGGAGAACAUCCCCGUGGUGCACGUGUACCCCAUGCUGCUGUGCAUGGAUGUUCCUCAGCUCUGCAUGCCCUGCCAGCUGCUCGGCACACACCCUGUGGGUGGUAAGUGGCAGCGGGAUGCAGUGGCUCUGAUGAAGGAGCUGUUACUAAACUGCCCUUUGGACAUGCAAGUUGUGGAGCUGCCGGCUGACCCGAGGGGACCUCUCACCGUGGAGGUUUUCCUGGACGGUUUAAGUCUCAGCAGCAUCCUGUGUCAGCAUGAACACGCGACCGUGGACCGGACUGUAACAGCACAAAAGGGGCUCACAGUGAAGACGCCAGAACCCGUCCUGGAUGACUGGAACAUCAACACUGAGGGUGUGAGGAGCCGUGAGGAGCCGCCGCUGCUGGGGCCUUUUAUUUACCCAAACCUGCCACAGGAGGGAGAGGAGUUUAAAGUCCUAGUCAAGCAUCUUCGGACCCCUAAUGAGCUGUUCCUGUGGCCUUUGGUGGAAACGGCCAACGUAGAGGUUGAUGGAGAGACUCUGGACGAGGCUUUGACCAGAAUCAACGCAGACAUCGACACGCUGCCGCUGCUCACCAGCUUCCCUUUUGGUGGCCCGUGUCUGGUCGAGUACAGCGAUGGCACGUUCUACCGGGCCAGACUGCAGAAGUUUCACAGCACGGAGCCCGUCAUGAUCCUGGUCCAGCACGUGGACUUCGGCUCUAAUGACAUCGUUCCCACCAGCAAGCUGCGUCAGAUGCCGGCGGGGCUGCUGCAGUUUCCAUGCCAGGCCCUAAAAGUGAAAGUGGCCGGCUUCAAACCUCCAACCAUCAACCAGCAUGAAGACGUGCUGCCUUACAGUCCCGGGUGGAGCUUGAAGGCCGUGUCGGAGAUGAUCGACCUGCUGCACGGAAACAUCACGGCUGCUGUUGUGGCGCGGGAGCCCGAGCUCACGGUCCUGCUGUACAGCGAGGACGGAGAGCUGGUCCACCUGUCGUUGGUGGAGAGCGGACUGGCUGAGCUGGAUUGA